AGCUUAAAAUUGUCAAUGGUUUCUUUGCUGAUAUGGAUAAGCUCAAGGAAAAGAAACAAGUUCUCAAGGAAGCUUUGUCUCAGUUGAGAGAUUUGGCUUAUGAUGCUGAUGACAUUUUAACAGAUUGCAUGAUCAGAGAGGAAUAUAAGAAAGAUGGACACUGCUUCUCGCUAAAUGAUCCGAUUUUCGCGUAUAAAAUGGGAAGAAAGUUGAAAGAUUUAAAUUCACGUAUGGAAAAGGUAGAGGAUAGCAUGAACAAGUAUCUCAAUAGUCAAUCACAACAAUUGAACAAGAACGAAGGAAGUAUGGAUACGGGAUUAUUUAUUUCUCAGCACCUCACCUUAUCUGACUCAGUAGUUGGAUUGGAAGAAGACACAAGAAAGCUCAAGAAAUGGAUUCUCUCCGAGGAUAGGCCACCACUGCAAUUUGUUGGUAUUGUCGGGAUGGGAGGUUCAGGCAAAACUACUCUUGCUUGGGAAAUUUACAAUGACAAGGAAGUAAUGGAUACAUUUAAGCAAAACAGAAUCUGGUUGACUGUUUCUCAAGAUUGCAAUGAAGAAAGCAUUAUAAAGAGCAUAUUGGAAGAACUUAAAAAACAGCAGCAGGAGGAGACACAAGGAGGUGAUGAUCAUGAAAGUUUCUGCCUUGUCAUUUUGGACGAUAUAUGGAAUGUUUUCAAUCUAUCUCAUUGGCAGGACUUAUGCUCUAGUCUUGAGAAAAAACGAGGUCAAAAUACCUGCAUCAUUAUCACAACUAGAAUAGAAGAAGUUGCAAUCGGUAUGCGGGUAAACAGUUCUCGAAUCCAUUAUCCAAAAGCUUUAGAAGAUGAAAAAAGCUGGUUAUUGUUUCACAAGGUUGCAUUUUCUCCCAAUGACGAUAUCUGUAAAGAUGAGAAUAUCAUCGAAGUUGGAAAAAAGAUCGAAGUUGGAAAAAAGAUAGUUAAGAAAUGCGGAGGACUUCCUCUAGCAAUCAAAACCAUAGCAGCCUUAUUGAAAUCAAAACGCCAGCUUAAUGAGUGGGAAAAUGUUUAUAAAGAGUUCCAGAAAUUAACUCAAGAGAAGGUCCCAGUAAUGGCGUCUUUGCAACUAAGUUAUGAUGCACUCCCGCGACACCUGAAGCAAUUUCUCUUGAGUUUUUCUAUUUAUCCUGAAGAUUUUGAGAUUCGAGCUGAACAAUUGGUCCACUGGUGGGUUGGCGAAGGCCUUAUCAAGAGCCGGAAUUCAAAAACUGCAAUGGAUUUGGGGUAUGAAUAUUUAGCAGACUUAGCUGGGAGAUGCUUGGUUGAAGUAGUACGGAGGCGUGGUUAUGAUGGAAAAGUCCACAGUUGUAAAAUGCAUGAUCUUGUGCGUGAUUUGACCAUUAAAAUUGCAGGAGAAGAAGCACUUUGCAGUUUCGAAAGUGGAGGCAAGCAACGACAAUUAAUAAGGCCAGAUUCACGUUGGUUGGGUAUCACAAAUGAAAAUAUUUCAAUAUCAUCAUUGAGUCAAUGUUCCAAAUUGAGGGCAUUUCUAUUGAUGUCUAGCUUAAGCAUUUCAUCAAACAUGCCUAGCUCCCUGAGUUCCCUUAGAGUUUUGGAUCUCUCCAAUGGCAAGCUAGAUGACAAAUCUGUGGAGAAUCUGUUCAAAUGGAUCAUUUUACUCAAACGCUUGGCACAUCUCAAUCUAAGCGGGGCUCCUGGUCUCAAAAAUGUUCCACGCAUUCGAAAACUCCGAAACCUUCAGCUUUUGGUUUUGAGUGGAUGCAGUAAUUUAGCAAGUCUAAAUUAUUCAUCCAUCAUUUAUUUGAAGAAGCUCUUGAUUUUGGACUUGGGAUCCUGUGAUAGUCUUAUGUUCUUACCGCCAGGAAUUGGAAGGCUAACAAAACUUGAAGAAUUGUCUGGAUUCAAGUUGCAUCGACGAGAAAAUUUACAAAGUUGUGGCCUUCUUGAGCUUCAAAACCUAGUCCAACUAAGAGUACUGCGAAUUAAGUUAAGUGAUGAGAGCGAAAUCUUGGACAAUGAGUGGGAGGCCUUAUCAAGACUUGAGAAACUCCAGCUUUUAGCCAUUGAUACUGAAAAUACUAAAAAACAAACAAAUCUGCAAAAGCUAGAUCGGCUUAAACCACCUCCAGGUCUUGAACAAGUUUAUCUUAGGCACUAUCGUCGUAACCAUCUACCAGAAUGGAUUAACCCCAAAACACUUUCUAAGUUGCAGUAUUUGUCCAUUGAGUUUGGAGACAUAAAACACAUUUGCCCAAAUCUUGAACUUCGUGAAGAGAAAUGGAAACUCGUGGGUUUGUGCUUGAAGUUCCUGCCACUCUUCGAGGAUGAAUGGGAUAACUUAAAGCAGAUUAUGCCUUCUUUAUGUGAUGUUGAGGUUAGCAAUUGUCCCAGUUUGAAAAAUCCACCGUCUGAGGACAAGAGCUGGAUUUGGAGAAACUAAAGCAUAUGAGAUGGGUUUCAUUUAAGAUUAUUUAAUCUUGUUAAAUAUUUCAUGUGUGCAUUAGUUUUUUUACUUGCUUUGUAAGAGGUGUUUUUUUCAUGUGUGUAUUACUAUAUGUUUGUAUUUUAUUGACAUGCUAUAUAAUAUGUAUGUAUUUUGUUGGCAUAAUUGUGUAAUGUUAUACAUGUUUGGUGCA